CUGUAUGGCACGGCUGGCUGCACGCUGAGCACUCAUCCAUGGACUUGGAAGCUAAAGAUGAAGAGGAAGAGAGUCUGCAAACGGCUUUCAAAAAGCUGAGAGUAGAUGCAGCAGGAUGUAUUGCGGCUCUGUCUGUUGGUGACGGGACGAUGCUGAGAACAGCAAGAGCAGCUGUGGAUGGAGCCAAGCAACAGACUGUCUGCUCAAAGGAAGUGUGGCACGGGUGUGUGAGAAAGCCUUCCAGAGGAUCAGCCAGAGUCCCACGUCGCAGGCGCUCCAAGUCUCCCGUCCUACAUCCUCCCAAGUUCACUUACUGCAAUAUGAAAGCCAACAACCAGCUGAAACACAAAACCCAGGCAGAUAUGUCAAAGGGUGGCAUCAGCUCAGACGUUUUUGUCACAGCAGAACACGGUACGAAGGACGGGCACGAUUCUCACUUUGACGCUAGUGAUGACAAAACUGAACCUUUGGAAGCUUUCACCGCUGAAGAGCCUUUGGAGAAGUCAAGAGAGAAUUGUCCUACUCUCUCUUCAUCCUUUGAGACUAGCUUGCAUUCUAGCCAGACCUCAGAUUUCCAGUCCUUAUCCAUGCUUAGCAAUGGCAGGCAGUGCCCUUGUACGGACAAGAAAUGUCAGUGCCAACAGUGGCGAACCAUGGAAGUGUACUCCUUCUCUGGCUUACGGAGUGUCCUGUCAGAGUGCGAGAAGGCAGUCCUAGGAGUCCACACCCAGGCUCUUCAGAAUAGGUCCCCUUGUGGGACAGCCUCAUCAAGUUCUCCUAGGUCUUGUUCUGAGCAAGCUCGAGCCUUUGUGGAUGACGUGACUAUUGAAGAUCUCUCAGGAUACAUGGAAUACUACUUGUAUAUUCCCAAGAAGAUGUCUCAUAUGGCAGAAAUGAUGUAUACUUGACUGAAAGCAAUAGAGAAUCCUGAGUCAGUCUGUGAUAACGGUUGGGUUAAAUGCCUUGUCAGUGCCAUGUUUUCACUCUCGUGUGUUUGAUCAGAUAUUUCUUUGCCUCAUACAGUUUAGUUUUCUAAUAAAAUGAAAAAUGGAAUAUAGUUUCUGAGCUUAGUUCUAAAAAGAAUGCACUAAAGUCUGAAUACAUUAACAAAAGCACUGUAGAUCUAAUGACUCCCCUUGGUUUUGGAUUUGUGCUGUGGAUAUUCAAGCUCUGUAGUGCUGUUUUCACUAUCAUUUGAGGGGG